ACAGAACCGUCACAGAACCGGCAUCGGCACGGUGCAGUGCCGAGACCGCGGCCUUAACGAGCGCGCGCCACACGCGUAAAUGAUAACAUGUUGUAAUUAUUUAUCAUAAAAUACCGGUUUAAUAAUAUACAUUAUAGUAAAACCCUUUUUAUAGUAUAUAGUAUUGAAUACGGUCCGAAAUGUGGAUGAUAUUGUUCGCGGUGAUCGGCGCGGUGACGAGCCUGCUGUUCGUCCUGGACUCGCUGUGGAGCGUCCUGGAGCUGGCCAGCUCCUACCUGAUGAAGUACUUCCUCCCCAACGAGGUGCAGCCGCUCGCCAAGAGGUUCGGGAGCUGGGCUGUUAUAACUGGCAGUACAGAUGGCAUCGGCAAGCACUACGCCAUGGAGCUGGCGCAGCGGGGCAUCAACAUUGUGCUCAUCAGCAGAAACCCCGAGAAGCUGAAGAAUGUCGCAGAACAUAUCGAAAAAACGUACAGCGUCAAGACCAAAACCGUAGUCGCCGACUUCGCGAAAGGUGCUGAAGUGUACCCGCACAUCGAGGAGGAGUUGAAGGAUAUACCAGUCGGUAUAUUGGUGAACAACGUGGGUAUGAACUACUCAUACCCGAUGGUGGUGAGCGAGCUGCCGGCGUCGGCGGUGACGGACCUCAUCAACGUCAACGUGCUGGCCGUGACGGCGCUGACGCGGCUGCUGCUGCCGGCCAUGCUGCGCCGCGGCCGGGGCGCCAUCGUCAACGUCUCCUCUGGCUCCGAGCUCCAGCCGCUACCGCUUAUGGCGAUAUACGCCGCUACGAAGGUGUACGUGCGCAACUUCACGCUGGCUCUCCGCGCGGAGGUGGGGGGUGUGCUGCACGUGCAGCACUUGUCCCCGCUGUUCGUGUCCACCAAGAUGAACGCGUUCUCCCGCUCGCUGCUGGACGGCAACCUGCUGGUGCCCGACGCCGCCGGCUACGCGCGCUCCGCCGUCGCCACCCUCGGCCGCGUGCGCGACACCACCGGCUACUGGAGUCAUGGCAUUCAGUACUUCUUCAUCAAAUUGGCGCCGGAGUGGGCUCGCAUCUGGAUCGGCUGGCGGAUGAACCGCGACUUCCGCGGCGAGUACAACAGCCUCAAGGCCGAAUGAUGCUUCAAAUUACAAAUAUUGUUAUUGUAAAUAAAAAUAAUUAUAUGGUUUC